GAGCCAUUUAGAUAGAUAGAGAUAGAAGCCAGAGAAAAAGGCCAGAGCAAAAGAAGUCAUUUUCAGGGUUUUUCUUUCUCUAGGGCAGGUAGGCGGUCACCUCCAUUGUAGUAGCAGUGAGAGAGGGAGUGGGGAAAAGAAAAAAUGGAGAGGAAACAGGGGUUCUUCUCCGCUCUCAAAGAAGAAGUGGUGAGAGGCCUCUCCCCUGGCAGAAUCCGGGCAAAGAGUCCUGCCCGCAGCACCUCUCCGAUGUCUGGCCUCCUCCGCCGCCACAAGAAGUCCAGCAGCAGCAGCAGCGGCGGUGUCCAGCACAACCAGGCGGCUGUUGACUCAGUCCUGAUGGCGCGGUCGGGGAGCAUGAGGCCGGUUGGGGAGACGCUAACCCCGCUGAUGGAAGGGCCUGAUGCCGAAGGCUGCGAAGGAGAGGGGAGGAAGGAAGGAUGGGGGCAUUGGAUGAAGGGUCAGCUUUCGAGGACACCUUCUGUGUCUUCCACUUACAAUAAGAGAUCGGAUCUGCGACUACUUUUGGGGGUGAUGGGGGCGCCGCUCGCUCCUGUUCAUGUUAGUACUAUGGAUCCGCUCCCUCAUCUCAGUAUCAAGGAUACCCCCAUUGAAACAUCUUCUGCUCAGUAUAUACUGCAACAAUACACGGCUGCAUCCGGGGGCUCAAGGUUGCAGGGCUCGGUUAGAAAUGCUUAUGCAAUGGGAAAGGUGAAAAUGAUAGCUUCUGAAUUUGAGACCGCAACCAAAGUCAUGAAGAAUCGCAAUGCCGGAAAAGCAGCAGAGUCCGGUGGCUUUGUGUUGUGGCAAAUGAUGCCUGAUAUGUGGUAUGUUGAGCUAGCAGUGGGUGGAAGCAAGGUUCAUGCUGGCUGCAACGGAAAGCUCGUUUGGAGACACACUCCAUGGCUUGGUGCCCAUGCAGCUAAAGGUCCUGUUAGACCCUUACGUCGGGCUCUUCAGGGCUUGGAUCCAAGGACCACGGCGAGCAUGUUUGCUGAUGCUCGAUGCAUUGGAGAGAAACAAGUCGACGGUGAAGAUUGCUUCAUCCUCAAGCUCUGUGCGGACCCACAAACACUCAAAGCUCGUAGCGAGGGACCUGCAGAGAUCAUUAGGCAUGUACUUUUUGGCUACUUCAGCCAAAGGACAGGGCUCCUUGUUCACAUGGAGGACUCCCAUCUCACCCGGAUCCAAUCUAAUGGUGCAGGUGAUGCCGUAUACUGGGAGACCACCAUAAACUCAUUUCUCAGUGACUAUAGACCAGUUGAGGGGAUCAUGAUCGCACACUCCGGCCGGUCCAUAGUCACGCUCUUUAGGUUUGGUGAAAUGGCAAUGAGCCACACAAAGACUAGAAUGGAAGAGGUCUGGACUAUAGAAGAGGUCGCUUUCAAUGUGCCUGGACUAUCAAUUGACUGUUUCAUACCACCGGCUGAUAUAAGAUGUGGGUCCAUUAGUGAAGCUUGUGAGCUUCCUCAUGGAGAGAGAGGCAAAUCAAUGGCAGCUGCCGCAGCUGCUCACAGAUCAAAGGUUGCCGCCUUAGAGAAAAGGCAUGAAAGCAAUGUUGACAACAUCAUAUGGAGGGUGGAGGUCUGACCUUGAGAAGAAGCAAGCUGUUUAUAUCACUAGUUUUCUCUUCUUUUCUUUCUUAAUUUGAUUUACUGACACAAUAGGUAGGGAGGAGUUUGAAGGAUUUUGGAGCUGAUUUUAGGCUUGGUCUUGCUGUAAAUAGAGCAUAAUCAUUCAUCUUUCUCACUCUUGAGGGGAUGAGAUUUGGUGAAUUUUUAUACUCUGAAGAAGUUCAGGGUGGAUGGGGGUUUGUUUUUUUGAGUGUACCUUCCAUGCCUGAGGGGAAUGGUGGUGAGGUGAAGGGAACUGUUCACUCUCACACACACAUACACCUCUUGCUUUGCUUACUCUUGGAGAGUAUUGCAAAUACUGGCUAGCUGUGCUGACCAUAAAUUAUAGAACUGUUUGUUGAUUUUAUUGUUAAGUUACUGCUAACUACGACUACUAGCGUGAGGAGAAAGGAGGAAGAAGAGGCACACAGCACACAAGGACCUGCUGUUUGUUUCAAGACAGUGUGUGACUUUUUCUUUUUCUUUUUUUUUUGGUUUUUUUUUGUUGGUAUUUGGAGUUUUACUGCGUGUCAGAUUGGUGGCAUCUUUCAGUGUGUGCUUCUUUGUUGGGCCCACAAAGACGAAAGGCUUUUUUUCUAUUUUUGACCAAUUGGAAGGAAAGAGAAAUGAGAACAAAGCAAAUGCCACUUUUUUACCAA